CCGUGGAUAUCCUGCGCGGUGUGACACGAAGUGAGAAUCCUGAGGUGUGACCCGGACAAAGAAAAGUAGACGCGUGGCGGCGUUGCAUUCGGUUGCGGCGGCAUUCACCUGAUAGUAGUCAGAUGUUAGUGAAGGUAGACAGACAAAGACAGGCCGUGGAGAAAGAAAGUUGGCCGUUGAUGGUAUCAUUCCUCGCUUGUCGGGUUCCACGUCCCGCAUUCUUCGUCAAAGUAGGGUGUAACGAAAAGGGAUGCCGGUGCCAAGAAUGCAAUCUUCCAUUUCCAGAUUCCGAUCUUGUAUACAACUAUGUCCCUGCUGGUGGGGAGAGACCCAAAGAAAGCCACAAAAACGCGGUGCUGGAGGCUGAGCUGCCUUGCGUGCCUCCAAAUCCUAGAGCAGUAAUACAAGCGAGUCAAGAUGGACGUGAAGGAGAAACGCGCCUAGGAUGAGAAGCAACUGAACAGCCGAGCCCGCCCAAAGGAGAUGAGAAUCCUUAUGGAAUACAGCACAGAAGAGAAGAGAAGUCUAUCGCUGGAGACACAGACGGAACCGUUCGCGAGCAAGAAACGAGUGUAGAGCGGUAGCAAGUCUGCAAUGUGUGAUCAGCGGACAAGCCAGGUCAGGAUGAUAGGAC